AUGUCCGAUAAAACCUACCUCGUCACUUUGAAGGACCACGCCACCGACCAAGACACCAACACCAUCAAGCUGAAGAUUGAUGAGCUUGGAGGUAAGGUCGUCGACGACUUGUCGUUCAUUAAGGGUUUUGCCGUGAAGUUGCCUGAAUCUGCUGCCAACUUUGUCAAGUCCCACAAUCUUGUCUCGACCAUUGAGGAGGACAAGGAGGUUAAAAUUCAGUAG